AGGCCGGCGUGUGGCGUCCGGGUUGUGAUAGUGCGCGGAUGAAUGAUUCGACAAUAAAGUGCAAUUGAUCAUAAAUCUUCCAGUGCAUCUCUACCCCACCACCCCCCGCGACAAUCAAUUCACUACACUACUCUACCACCUAUACCCUCGCCAAAAUCCCACCCAAGAAGACAAAAAAUCACGUCCCCCACCUUCUCCUCAACAUGUGCCAAGAGAUGACUUCUCUCCCCGAAUUCGUGACUAACGUUCGAUGAUCCAGAGCCGCCCACACGAAAAAUUCGACACGCGGGAAAAAUCCCUGAGUUUGCGACAGGUUGGCAGAGGCUCGGGAUAAAAAACACCGCGGUAUUCACGGGAAAAACCAUUCCUCCCCUCUCCUCCCUCUCCUCACCCCCCUUCAGCAGUUGAUAAAAAAUGCACGAGUGAUCGAGAAAGGAAUGAAAAGUGAUGAUGAAGAAGAAGAACGAGUCUAUCCGCUCUAUUUCUGUAUAUUGUCGUGCUCUCGUGCACGUAUUUUACCCAGUGCGUCGGCCGGCACAGCUGAGGAGAGAGUGAAGUCCGCGCUCAACGAUGUGCAUUGACGUUAAAAUAGAAUGGCACGCACAUCCAAAAAACCAUCCAAAAAAAUAUCAGCAACUAGUGCCUUGUUAGCAUCAUUAUCCCACCCCAAUGGCUAUACUUUUAUCCCAGUCCGUGAGUUUGUUUCCCUCCCAACGCGCCAUCUCCAAUGAUUUGUUUGUCUUGGAGCUUUGUCCAAUAAAUACAGCAGCAACUCGAGCUAUAAUGAUUUCCACUCCGUUAUUAAUUUUGUUUAAUUGAUUGUGGAAUACUCGAAUUGAAAUAGGGGGAAGAAAGUAGAGACUGGGUUGGAGUGAGGAAAGGAUCUGGUAUCGGAGUUGGAUGACUCGUGGUGAGCAACAGGUGGAUUGGAUUCGGUGGCUCCUCUGCGCGUCACGAAUGAGGGAAAACGGGGGUGUGACGUUGAACGUCGGAGUGACGGUGACAAGGGGUAGAAGGUCACGACGGGAUGGCAUUAUCCCCGGGUUGAGUGUUACAGUGCAUCGGGGAUUUCAGGAAGCUACAGGGUGACCGAUUGAGAUGCUCAGGACUGCAGCAACUGCACAAGCUGGCAACAAUAAUACAUCAGGAAAAUACAUCAGGGGAGCAAUGCAAUGCUCCUGGCCUUGGGGUGAUGCAGAGGAAUUGAUGGGAUACGGAAAAUAUCGGGGAUUUCAGAUGAACGUUUCGGUCAACAUUCUGUUAAAAAAAAAAUCAACAAAACCCAAGUCUGAGAGCCAAAUGACUGAGUCAGUGAUAAUUACAUCUCUCAGGACUAUCGAGUGAAUGAGUUAUCACGUCGUGGUAAUUUUCAUAAAAAAAUGUUGGACAUAUUCCGCGGCCUGAAGAGCCUGAUAAAGAUCUCACACAUUCACAUUGACACUGCUGUCUUCAGACUCCACUACAGUCUGACGGUUAUUUUACUCAUUGCUUUUUCACUCAUUGUCACGACGAGACAGUACGUUGGCAAUCCGAUUGAUUGCAUUCACAGCAAGGAUUUGCCUGAGGAUGUUUUGAAUACUUACUGCUGGAUUCACAGCACUUACACGAUAACAUCGGCGUACAAGAAGAAGGAGGGCUCCGAGGUGCCAUUUCCAGGUGUUGCUAAUUCCAAAUUGUAUCCGGAGAGCGAGAGGAAGGAGUACCGAUACUAUCAGUGGGUGUGCUUCAUGCUAUUUCUUCAGGCAAUACUGUUUUAUACACCGAGAUGGUUGUGGAAGGGCUGGGAGGGCGGCAAGAUUCACGCCCUGAUGAUGGACCUCGACAUCGGUCUUUGCUCCGAGGUCGAGAAGAAGCAGAAGAAGAAAAUGCUUCUCGAUUAUCUGUGGGAAAAUCUACGCUACCACAACUGGUGGGCCUACAGAUAUUAUCUCUGCGAAGUGCUUGCCUUGCUGAACGUCGUCGGUCAGAUGUUCCUCAUGAAUCGGUUCUUCGACGGUGCGUUCCUCACGUUUGGCAUCGACGUCUUGAGGUUCAUCGAGUCGGAUCAAGAGGAUCGAAUAGAUCCGAUGAUCUACGUUUUCCCGAGGAUGACCAAAUGCACGUUCUACAAGUACGGAGUGAGCGGAGAAGUGGAGAGACACGAUGCUGUUUGCAUACUUCCGUUGAAUGUUGUCAACGAGAAGAUUUAUGUGUUCCUGUGGUUCUGGUUCCUCUUUCUUGGGAUUCUCAGCCUAGUGACUGUUUUGUACAGAAUUGUCAUAAUAUUUUCCCCUCGCACCAGAGUAUAUCUCCUCCGCCUCCGAUUUCGCCUCGUUCGAAGGGACGCAGUAGAGACGAUAGUCCGACGGAGCAAAGUGGGGGACUGGUUCCUCCUCUACAUGCUCGGCGAAAAUUUGGACACCGUCAUCUAUCGAGACGUGAUGCACGAGCUGGCCAACAAAUUGGCUACGAGGCAUCAACACGGUGUACCCGGUACAAAAGGAGAUCUACAAGAGGCCUGAUGCAGAUUCCUGUCCCCCCUCUCAAGAACUCAGCGCCAGUAUCAUGCACAUCUUCAAGAUGAUAAUGAAUAAACUCGGAAGUAUUGGCGAAGAAAUAAAGUACAGUGAAAAACAGCGGGAACACCACCGACGUUCAAGUGCUGUUUCGUACCUCAAAGUGCCGAACUCGUUACAUAAAAUUGUCCAGUUCCGAGAGGUAAACGGGUUUCAAAAGACAUUCUUUCGAAACAAACAAGAUUGUAAUUUCAUUGUGCAAGUGCCAAAGUCAGAGGAGUGCCUUCUCGCUACUGUGCGAUUCAACGACGCGAAUGGACAUUUUAAAUUUACGUAUCGCUGAUUCGCGUUAUUUCACUCGAUUGUAAUUUCAUUUAAGUUAACUCGCUUGAGAUGAGCGGACGACUCUAGUCCUUCUCUAGUCAGAGAUUGUUACAAUAGUUUUAAUACAACAAAGGACUUGAUCGUACCUAUAACGAGGGUCGUAAAGAGGCAGUUUUAACGACAAAUUUAUCUAACACUUUCGCCUUAUUUUUGUAAUUACUGUGGUAUGGAGGACCAAACACGAGGUUAUGUUAUUUUUCAAUAACUCGAUAAUUCUCAAUUGUGCCUAACUUAUGCAUAAAAUCGAAAAUAUUAAGGUUUGUAGGAAAAAAAUAAAGAAGCCAGGUAAAGAACUGUAAAAUGGAGA